AUGGCAGAACUCAACGACGCAGGGGCAAAACCGCUGGGACCCUCGACAGCCUUUCCCCGAGCGCUGGCCUUUGCAGUUUUCCACCUGUCAAGGAAGGUGACGUCCAUCGUCCCGGAGAGCUGCCUCCUCAUCCUCCUGGGGCUGGGCCUGGGGGGCAUCGUGUUGGCCGUGGCGAAGAAAGCUGAGUACCAGCUGGAGCCCAACAUGUUCUUCCUCUUCCUCCUGCCGCCCAUCGUCCUAGACUCGGGCUACUUCAUGCCCAGCCGGCUGUUCUUCGACAACAUCGGUGCCAUCCUGACCUACGCGGUGGUGGGCACGCUCUGGAACUCCUUCGCCACGGGCACUGCGCUCUGGGGGCUGCACCGGGCCGGGCUGAUGGAUCCAGGUGUUGAAGCUGGGCUGAUGGAUUUCCUGCUCUUCGGCAGCCUCAUCUCAGCCGUGGACCCCGUGGCAGUGCUGGCCGUCUUCGAAGAGGUCCAUGUAAAUGAGACCCUCUUCAUCAUCGUGUUUGGCGAGUCUCUCCUGAACGAUGCUGUCACCGUGGUGCUCUACAAGGUCUUCAACUCUUUUGUGGAGCUGGGCCCGGCGCACAUCCAUGCCACGGACUACGUGAAGGGGGUAGCCUCCUUCUUCCUGGUGAGCCUGGGGGGCACGGCCGUGGGGCUGCUCUUCGCCUUUCUCCUGGCCCUGAUCACGCGGUUCACCAAGCGCGUGCGCAUCAUUGAGCCACUCUUCGUUUUCCUCCUGGCCUACGUCGCGUACCUUGCUGCAGAGAUGGUCUCGCUCUCCUCCAUCCUGGCAGUCACCUUCUGCGGGAUCUGCUGCAAGAAGUACGUGGAAGCCAACAUCUCCCAGAAAUCCCGCACCACGGUCAAGUACACCAUGAAGACACUGGCCAGCAGCUCAGAGACCAUCAUCUUCAUGUUUUUGGGCAUCUCGGCUGUGGACACCUCCAAGUGGGCAUGGGACACUGCGCUGGUGCUGGGCACCCUGUUCUUUAUCCUGCUCUUCAGAGCUGUGGGCGUUGUCCUCCAGACCUGUGUGCUCAACCGCUUCCGCCUUAUCCCCCUGGACAGGAUCGACCAGGUGGUCAUGUCAUACGGCGGCCUCCGCGGAGCCGUGGCCUUCGCCCUGGUCAUUCUGCUGGACAGGGCGAAGGUGAAAGCUAAGGACUACUUUGUGGCGACGACCAUCGUGGUGGUGUUCUUCACUGUCAUUGUGCAGGGCCUCACCAUCAAACCCCUGGUGACGUGGCUGAAGGUGAAGCGCAGCGACCACCACAAGCCCACGCUGAACGAGGAGCUGCAUGAGCAUGCCUUUGACCACAUCCUGGCCGCAGUGGAGGACAUCGUGGGACCCCAUGGCUAACAUUACUGGGGUUCCCUGGCCGCGGGUGGCCACGUGCUCUCGGCCGCCAAGCUGGCAGUGCCCUCCAUGCCCAGCCGCACGUCCAUGUCGGAGUCGUCAGUCACAAACCUCCUGAGGGAGAGCGGGAGCGGCGCGUGCCUGGACCUGCAGGUGAUCGACACGGUGCGGAGCCGUCGGGAACAGGAGGACGCUGCCACGCACUCUGCUCACCCUGUGUCUCUUUGCCUCUCCCUCGGCCAGUACAAGGCCAGCUACAGCCGUCACUUCAUCUCUCCAGAUAAACAAGAGCGCCAAGAUAAAGAAAUCUUCCGGCAGAACAUGAAGAGGCGGCUGGAGACCUUCAAGUCCACAAAGCACAACGUCUGCUCCUCCAAGAGCAAGGCCAGGCUGAAGGAAAAGGGCAGGAAAAAGAAGAACAUCUCUCUGAGCAGUGAUGCACCCAACGGGAAGAUGCCCAGAAAUGUCCCCUGGCAGGAGGCAGCUCCCGUCCUGGUGAUGGUCAGCUCAGAGGAGGAGGAGAGUGAUAGCUCGGAGACAGAGAGAGAGGACGAUGAAGGGAUUGUAUUCGUUGCUCGAGCCACCGAUGAGGUCCUGCAAGGAAAGACGACUCCUGGCAGCCUGGAUGUCUGCCCCAGUCCCUGCAUCAUCCCACCAUCGCCUACCUUGGCAGAGAAGGAGCUGCCGUGGAAAGGAGACCAGGCUGAUCUGGCUGUUUACGUCUCCUCGGAGACCACCAAAAUCGUGCCAGUGGAUAUGCAGAAGGCGUGGAACCAAAGCAUCUCCUCCCUGGAAAGCAUUGCUUCCCCACCAGGCAUCGAGAGCGGACCUCAGCACAGGAGAUUCGCCUGCCCUGUGCUGGAGGAGCAACCCCAGUCUGCGAGCUCGGCAGUGCUGGAUGCGGGCGCGGUGCCCCGUUACACGCCCCCCAGCCACAUCUCUAAGAGCGGCCGGUCGCAGAGCGACAGCAGCCCGGACGGCGCUGAGCAGCAGGAGCUGCAGCCUUUGAUGGCCACGGAGGAGCAGGGCAGGGUGCUGCCCGCUGCGGAGCCCAGGUGGAUGAUGUUCAACAGAGCCAGCCACCUCUGA